UUGUUCCAAAAGUUGGAUUAAUAAUUUGGUGUUUUAUGAUUUUUUUACUGUAGCAUAAAUAAUAAUAUUUCUUUUUUUUAGGGCAAAUCAUUUCAGCCACCCAAUCGCCUCCGUCUCUAUUCUCGUUCUCAACUCUGGAAGUUGCUCCCUCUCUCUCUCUCUGCAAUCUCUCUCUCUGCAACUGCAAACACAAAAUCUACAAGAAUCAGAAGUUCAAAACCCGCCUCCAUCUCUAUUCUCGUUCUCAACUCUGAACUUGCCCUCUCUCUCUCUCUCUCUCUCUCUGCAACUGCAAACUACAAAAUCUACAAGAAUCAGAAGUUCAAAACCCAUAUAUUUCAAUUUAUGCAAGAAUCAAAAGUUCAAAGCCUAUUACCUAUAUCAAAAUCCCCAUAUCGGCAUAUCAUUUCAGAUUGUUCAAAAAAUCAAAACCCAUAUCUUUCAGUUUCCAUCGGCGGCUGUUCCAGUUAUGGUUCGCCGUUCGCAAGCUUCAGCCGCUGUCUCUCAACUCUCAAGCUUGCCCCCUCUCUCUCUCUCUGCAACUGCUGUGUGUAUGGGUUUUGUUUUAAUUUUUUUUUGUAAAUCAACUAAUCAAGCUCUGUAAUCGUAUUUGGUGAAAUUUUUUAUUUGUGUAUAUUUUGCAAACUAAAUCCUAUUUGGUGAAAUCAAGCCCUGAAAUUUCAGAUUGUUCAAAAAAUCCUAUCAGAUCGUUGGAAAAACACUACAAAACACAACACUUCGCAAACGGGCCCUAACCUCACUGCAACUCAUUUUCAUUAUUCUCCUUCUCCUUCCUCCCCGAGCGGCCCAACGCCUUUUUUCUCUGUCUAACCUUUUUCCAUCUUUCAUCUCUUAUAUAUAUAUAUAUAUAUAUAUAUAUAUAUAUAUACACACACGUGUGUGUCUUCUUUUGCUGCUCAGAGGAAAAAAAAAACAGAUUCAAACCAAAUUGAUUGAAGAAAAAAAAAUCUACUACUACUUUAAAAUUGUUAGAUCGGGGAAAAUAAUCCAUGCAAUGGUGGUGUUGGAUUUGUUGCUGUGGCUUUUUUUAUUUUGAUUUUUGAUUUUUUUUUUUUUUGUGGGUUUUGAUUGUGGUUGUUGUCGGGGUGGAGAUUGUGGCGGUGGUUUGGGGUGACCGGCUGAGGAUGGUGGUGGUUGGUCGCUGUUCAUAGACAGGAGAAAGGGAGGCCAAAAUUAUUAUCAGAAAUACAGAGGAUUUUUUUCACCCAAAGAUAGGUGACUGAAGCAAAACAAAGAGAGAAAGAGAAAGGAGAUUGGAAGUGGGUUUUGAACCCAGAAGUGCCAUCCUUCAGCUUGUGCCUGACGGAUUAAUUCUCUCAAAAUUUUCAGCUUUUAAUCCACGUGCUUAAGCAAAGAAGAGACAGAGAGCUAGGAAGUGACUAGAUGGUAAAAAAUAGAAGGAUUAAAUUGGGUUAAGGGUUAACAAAGAGAAAGUUGGGUUAAGGGUUAACGGAGAAAGAACGUUGUGAGAAGAGAGAAAAACUUCUGUUUCGUUAGUGCUCCGAGUCUCAAAAAUAAUCCAUCGUGCGGCUAAAAAUAGGGAGCGCGUGAGUACCAGAGGAGAGAGAAAGACACAGACUUUAUUGUUCAUAGUCCAUAAAGUCUGUGUCUUUUUUUUUUUUUUUUUAGGUAAAAUAAAGUCUGUGUCCUUCUCUCGUAAUAUAGUCCAUAAAGUCUGUGUCUUUCUUUCUCCUAUAUGAACAAUAAAAUAGUCCAAAAAGUCUGCGUCUUUCUCUCUCCUCCGAAUCCAAUAUCAAAAGGGUCCAUCCAUCGAGGCAGCUCAAAAGAAUUUGCUCUGUAGUCUGUAGAGAGAGCGAGAGAGAGAGAGAGAGAGAGAGAGAGACGGGAUAGCAUGAGCAUGGAAGAGAGUUUGCUAUUGAAAGAUAAGGAGGAGGAAGAGAAGAGAGAGGUGGGUGGACUAAGUACUCUAACAUGGAGAGUGUUUGGUCAGGAGGUGAAGAAGUUGGGUUACAUAGCAGGACCCAUGGUGGCUGUCACUCUAUCACAGUACUUGUUGCAAAUUAUAUCGGUGAUGAUGGUCGGUCACCUAGGUGAACUUUCUCUCUCUAGCACCGCCAUCGCCAUCUCUCUCUCUAAUGUCACUGGCUUCAGUCUUCUUUUAGGAAUGGCUAGUGGGUUGGAAACUUUGUGCGGGCAAGCUUAUGGUGCUCUGCAAUACCAAAAACUCGGUACUCAAACUUACACUGCCAUUUUCUCUCUCGUCAUCGUUUGUAUCCCUCUCUCUGUCAUAUGGAUAUAUAUGGGAAAAAUACUAAGUUUCAUAGGCCAAGACCCUCUGAUUUCCCACGAAGCCGGUAAAUUCACAAUGUGCCUUGUUCCUGCCCUUUUCGCUUAUGCAACUCUUCAACCACUUGUUCGGUAUUUUCAAACGCAGAGUUUGGUACUUCCUAUGCUGUUAACCUCAUGUGUCAUUCUUUUUUUUCAUAUACCUCUUUGUUGGGUGCUAGUAUUCAAGUCCGGGUUAGAAAACCUUGGAGCAGCACUAGCAAUUAGUAUUUCGUAUUGGUUAAACGUAAUCGUCCUUGGUUUAUACAUGAGGUUCUCGUCUGCCUGUGAAAAAACCCUUGCCCCAUUUUCAAUGGAGGUGUUCCAAGGAAUUGGAGAAUUCUUUCGCUUUGCUGUUCCCUCUGCUGUCAUGGUUUGUCUUGAGUGGUGGUCAUUUGAGCUGCUUAUCUUGCUCUCUGGGCUCUUGCCUCAUCCCCAACUCGAAGCUUCAGUAUUGUCUGUAUGUCUUUCAACCAUAUCUACACUCUAUACAAUACCAUAUGGACUUGGUGCUGCUGUUAGCACUAGAGUUUCAAAUGAGUUAGGAGCUGGGCACCCACAAGGGGCUCGUGUGGCUGUCUUUGCUGUGAUGUUCCUUACAGUCGCGGAGACAACCAUAGUAAGUGCAACGCUUUUUGCCAGCAGGCGUGUUUUCGGAUACACUUUCAGCAAUGAGAAGGAGGUCGUGGAUUACGUCACAACCAUGGCACCUUUGGUUUGUCUGUCUGUAAUAAUGGAUAGCCUGCAAGGGGUCCUUUCAGGUGUUGCUAGGGGAUGUGGAUUGCAGCAUUUAGGAGCUUAUGUAAACCUCGGGGCCUUCUAUCUUUUUGGAAUUCCUAUUGCUGCCAUAUUGGGUUUCUGGUUAGAGCUAAGAGGAAGAGGCCUCUGGAUUGGGAUACAAGCUGGUUCUAUUCUACAAACAAUUCUGCUGGCUGUAGUAACAAGUUGUACAAAUUGGGAAAAACAGGCAACAAAGGCAAGGGAGAGAAUGUUUGAGGGAAUAUCUUCAUCAGAUAAUUGUUCAAUUUGAAUGAGCAAAGAUUUUCAAUAACUAGUUUUGCAAUGGUACAAGACAGUUACUACUAAUCAAAGAUUUGAGAUUGUAGAUCAUCCAUCUUGUUUCUUAGCAUCAAAACUUCUUAAGCAUUGCAUUAUAUAUAUGUGAGAUAUAUUUUGUAAUUGGCUAAUUUCGAUGUCAAAACGAGUCCGAUCGAGUUAUAAUUUUUGAUGUAAAAAUAUCGAAGAUUGAAAAUCGGAUGCGGAUUUGAAGAAGGUUAAGUGUUCAUGAUAAAUUAUACUCCGAGAUGAUGAGAACAAUGCUAUAAGAUGUUUUGAGAGGCAGUGAGAACAUUUAGGAAGGGUUUUGAAAGGUUUUGAACAAGAUUUUACAUUCUGUCCAUCUUGAACUGGUUCAAGAUUUAUCGAACAGGUUCAACUUGAACUGGUUCAAAAUUUAUCGAAUAGGUUCAACUUCAGUAGAGUGGCGAUUUUAGAGUCUGUCCAUCUUGAACCGGUUCAAGAUUAAUCGAACAGGUUCAAGACGUCCUGGUACUAUUCUAACUUCAGUUUCCUUUUUCUAAAAGUUUCCUUUUUUAUCCCAACUUCCUUUUAAGUCCUAUGCACGAAAUUUAUCAUAUUUUCUAAGGGAUUAGGGCUUUCAAAACUCUAUAUAAACCAUGUUAUAUACAUUGGUUUAUUUACGACUUGAGGGAAAAUCAAUUCUAUAUUUUGAUAAAGCCUUUUAGAGAGAGAAAAUUCAGAAAAUCAAAUCUGAUUAUUUUGAAUUUAUUUAUGAGAGCAUACACAUAUAUUCAUGAGUGAUUUAGUGGUGUUGUUUUCUAUCUUAUCGGAAUCGGAGUUAUACUGAAGAUUCAGAUAUUCCAGAUGAGAAGCAGGAUUUAAUUCUUCUACAAUUGAAUUCAGACGAUCGAAGAACAGAAGUAAAUGCAGUCACACUUUGGAAGGAUUAGAGCAUUUGUGGAGUGCUAUCUGAUCUACCUGCUACUCUUCUACAAAUAUCAAGUGUAAGCCUGAGAUCAAGUUGCUGUUAGACGGGGAGUCGCAAAGGCAGAGAAUCGUCAGCGGUUGGUGUGGUGUAGAACAAUAGGGUGUGAGCCAGAGUCAAAGUUCGGUAUACUUUGUUUUAAACAUAGUGGAUUAGUUUACUUUAGACUGCAUAAUCCACGAGGUUUUUCCCAUAACAGUUGACGUAUUUUAUCAAUUGGGGUUUACUCGCUAAAAA